AUGCUCUCAACCCUCAGAAUGUCUGCCUCAAGACGACUCUCACAGCUCGCAGGACAAACACGGAACGCGUCAACGAUGAAAGAGGCGGUAGUUGGAAAGGGCACGAAAGUCACGAUACAAGAUGUUCCCAUACCAAAGGCCGGGCCACACCAAGUCGUCACGAAAGUCGUGUUCAGUGGAAGCAAUCCCAAAGACUGGAAACGAGCCGAGAUGCCAAACCAGCCUGCGAAGAAUCAAGGCGACGAUAUCUCUGGAGUGGUCCACGAGGUCGGUGAUAACGUCUCGGAGUUCAAGCCUGGCGACAGAGUCAUGGCAUUCCAUGAGAUGAUGAAGCCAGGUGGAUCGUACGCAGAGUAUGCUCUGAGCUGGGAACAUACAACAGCUCAUCUGCCCGAGAAUAUGAGCUUUGAAGAGGGAGCAGCCAUACCCCUCGCAUCCCUAACCGCAGCCAUCGGCCUCUUCGCCCGUCUUCGUCUCCCCGAACCAUGGCUCCCAGCAACGAAACCCACUCCACUGAUUAUCUACGGCGCCGCCUCAGCAGUAGGCUCAUACGCCAUCCAGCUCGCCCAACGAGCGAACAUCCACCCCUUGAUCUGCGUAGCCGGAAAAUCCCGAGACCACAUCGAGAAAUACAUAUCCCGCGAAAAGGGAGACACUAUCAUCGACUACCGCAAAGGCCCAGACGCAAUCGUAGCAGCUUUCCAGAAGGUAGCCCAGCAGCACGGCAAAAUCGAAUACGCUUUCGACGCCGUUAGCGAGAAAGGGUCAUACCAGAAUAUCUGUAAAGUACUCAGCACCGAUGGGGGAAGGAUUACGAAUGUGCUGCCGGGGAGGAAGUAUGAUGUACCAGAAGGGGUGGUGCAGAGUUUGACGACUGUGGGUAGGGUGCAUGGUGUGCCGGAUGAUCUGAAGGAUUUUGGGUAUGUAUACUUUAGGUAUUUCGCGAAGGGACUACAGGAGGGCUGGUUCAAGCCUCAACCGCAGGAGGUGAGGCCUGGUGUGUUGGAGGGUAUUCAGGAAGCGUUGGUGAGCCGUAAGGAGGGGGAGGCCAAGGCUGUGAAGUAUGUAUUCAGGAUUGAGGAUACGCCUGGUGUUGGGUAA